AUGCCCAAGAAACUGAAUUUGAUUUGGAUAUGCACCUGUGUCCAUUUAUUGCUGUACAUCACAGUUGCUGCCUAUUCCAGUGAAAUAGGAAAUCCCAUUACAGAUGACAUCAAGAAAAUUUCUCUGUUGAAACAGAAUAUUCCAAAAGACUACAAGAUUACUGUACGUUACAUACCUAAAGAAGUGAGUGGCAUGUGCUGGGUGAAGCUAAAUGUAUUUCACUUGGAGGUGAGCUUAAAAGGCCUGGCGCAGAAGUUUGGGAACAUAUCCAAUAAAGAUAAUAUAGGCACUUUCGUCCAAAUACUGCAAGAAAUGCGGUAUCACAUUGGACUUGGUUUGGAACAGAAGAAGAAAGAGGAAUAA